AUGGUUUCUCCAGAUGACGAGUGGCAACAUAUUCUUCAAUCGGCAAUAUCCGGUGGACCUUUUAGUAAUUCUGGUUCCCUAUAUACAUUUUCAUACGAAGAACUAGCCAAAGCAACUGAUUGUUUCUCCAAAAUCAACUUCCUUGGUGAAGGUGGCUAUGGUUCUGUCCAUAAAGGAGUCCUUCCAGAAGGGAAAAAGGUUGCAAUCAAGCAGCUGAGAUUAGACAGUAAACAGGGGGAGAAAGAAUUUAUGGCAGAAGUUGAGAUCAUUAGUCAUGUCCAUCACAAAAACCUUGUGUCACUGGGUGGAUACUGCAGUUCUGAGGAACGUAAAAUACUUGUUUAUGAGUUUGUCCCGAAUUGUACCUUGCAUUUGCAUCUACAUGGAAAGGAGAAACCAAUUAUAGAUUGGCCAACUAGAAUGAAAAUUGCUCUAGGCUCUGCGAAUGGCUUGGCAUAUCUGCAUGAAGAUUGUCAUCCUCAAAUCAAACAUCGUGACAUAAAGGCAGCAAAUAUUCUUCUUGAUGAUAAGUUUGUCGUGAAGGUUGCAGAUUUUGGGCUCGCUAAGUUUUCAUCAGAUACUAAAAGUUAUGUCUCCACUGCCGUAAAGGGAACUUGGGGUUACCUGGAUCCAGCGUAUCUUAGAAGUGAAAAGCUCACUGAUAAAGCAGAUAUCUUCUCCUUUGGGGUUGUACUUUUGGAAUUGAUUACUGGACGAGUACCUAAGCGUGAUACUGAACUCUUGUAUCAGUGGGCGAAGCCUUUGGUCAAGCAAGCUUUGGAAAAUGGCAACUUUCAUGCUCUUAUUGAUCCAAGUAUAUUUGCCUGUGCUGCUGCUUGCGUGCGUAAUUCAGCCUCGAAUAGGCCAAAAAUGAGUCAGAUAGUUCGAGCUUUGGAAGGAAAUCUUUCUCUAGAAUAUCUAAAUGGGGGAAUCAAACCUGGGGACAGUGGAGAAUUUGGUUCCUAUGGGAGCAAGAAUUAUGAUACCAACCAACGUAAUGAGGACUUGAAGAAAUACAAUAAAUUGUUACAGGAAGACCACAAGGAAGACACUAAUGAGCAAAGCGAACCUAGUACAAAUUAUGUGUCUGCUCUGCAGACUGCACGUUGA